AUGGCUGGGCAACCUGACCGGCGCAUCAAUCUUGCCGUUGCCCGCGUCAUUCCAGUGGUUCUCUUUGGAAUAAUCAUCUACUCCUGCUACGUGAUUACCAAGCCGCUAUGCAUUGACUACCUGAUCGACCCGCUUCCGAAGUACAACCGUCCUAGCCGCGUUGGCGCAGGCGCCGCGAUACUUGUCGUAUUCUAUAUUCUCUUGCUAUUCGUCAUAAUAACCUACGUUCGGCUAUUGUACACCGUUGUAUAUAAUCCGGACCUUCUCCCUCGAUCCCAAGCCGCGGACCAACAAUCCACGCCUGCGAAGCGGUCGAAGUCUCGUUCCAGGAGAAAGGGGCAUGGGCACGGGCAUCGGAAGUCGAAGUCGGAUGAAGUGUCGGACAAACCUGUCAGCGAUGUGGAAAGGGCACUAGACUAUAAUGCUGGACCUAUGGUGCUUCCAUGGGAUACCGCUGGGCUAGAGUACUUCUACAAAAAAGACGUCUUUGUGUGCCAGCCGGAUGGGAGACCUAUAUACUGCUCGAAAUGCUGUCACUAUAAGCCGGACAGGACCCAUCACUGCCGAGAGGUGGACCGGUGUGUGCGUAAAAUGGACCAUUUUUGUCCCUGGGUCGGGGGUGUGGUAUCGGAAACAUCGUUCAAGUUCUUUAUCCAGUUCGUCUUCUACACGGCCUUGUUUUGUAUGACAGUCCUUAUUGUGUGUGCUAUAUACACUGCCGAGCUGAGACAAGAUGUGAGUUUGAUUUCUGGAUCGAGGAACAUGCUAAUUAUCUCUAGACUGGUGAUGUUAACCCUCAUUGGGCUAUCGGACUCUCUGCAACUUGCCGCCUUCAACUUGACAACGAUAGAGAAUCUCAACCGACGGUCCGCCGUAUGGACAUUGGCUAUCCGCGUUCCGAACCAUAUGAUUUCGCGAAUUCAACCCGGAACACGCUGGGCUCCGACAUUUCGCACUAUAACAUAUCCCUUACCACCUGUACCACCGCCUUUGUCUGGAAUGCCGACUCAGCCUGCUACGGGAGAAGGCGACAACCCCUAUUCGCCUCCACCUGUACCCUCAACAGAUCCCUCAGCAGAACAACAUAUCUUCGCCAUCCUCCAAACCCUUCCUGGAGAAAAUCCCUUCGCACUUGGUAGCCCGCUCAAAAAUCUCCAACAGGUGCUCGGCCACUCCAUAAUCGAUUGGCUGCUCCCCAUCAAGCGCAGCCCAUGCGCAGACCACAGCAGCGCAGAAAGUGAAUUCGUCAUGGGACCUGUGGUGUCCCGGUUGAAGAAGGAAGCAGGGCUGGAAUCGAAAGAUGCUGCUGCAGGAUCCAUCACUACAAAGCAUAAAAACAGUAGUUAUAAUAGCUCUCCAAGUGCGCCCGCAGAUAAACGUUCAAAACGCAAGCAGAAAAGGGGAAAGCAUCACCAUCACCAUCAUCAUCAUCGGCAUUCAUCAACGACCGGAACGACUUGA